CUUAGCAGCGGCGGGGAAGGAGAGGUGGCAGGGCAGCAAGCCGUACAUGGCUCCAGAGGACAUAGCUAGCCCCUUAGUGGGCCACACGCACGGUCAACAGCAGCAGCAGCAGCAGCAGCAGCAGAAGUACCAUAGAAAGAAGAGCAACCUACAGUCUCAAGCCCAGGCGCAGCCUCAGACAGAUUCACAGGUGCAAGGGCAAGCACAAGCACAAGCCCAAGCACAAGCACGAGCAGGGGUGCAUGCACGAGCACCAGCAGAUCCACAGAGAACCCCUUCCACUCACCUGCAAUCCCCUUUCCAGCCGUUCCAGCCCCACAAGGCUGAUGCCUGGAGCCUAGGGGUGGUCCUCUACGCGCUGCUCUCAGGCCGCCUGCCCUUCCUAGCCCAAACCGACUCCGAGCUGGCCGAGUUGAUCUGCCAGGGGGAGGUAGAUCUGGAGGAGGACCCGUGGCACGAGGUGGGCGGCGAUGCUAAGCGGCUGCUGCUGCGUCUUCUUGUGCUGAGCCCUGAGUCCAGGGCUGCUCCCUGCGAUGUGCUUGACGACCCGUGGCUGGUGAGGCAUGGUGUGGGUGCGGCGCGCAGGAGGAGGAUACCCAGUGGGGCUAGCAGGGGAGGGGGGGGAGGAGAUGGAGUGGGAGUGGAUUUGGGUGGAAUGGGAUUGGGAGGUGGUGCGGGAUUGAGAGGGGGGGGUGGUGGAGAUAAGGUGGAGGUGGAGGAUAGGGCUAGAGAGAGGAGAUGAGGUGGGAUUUGUUGGUUGCAUGGUUUGUGUGGAGCGUGGUGAAGACUCAAAACAGGUGGUCAAAGGUGUAAAACGUAUUCUCCAACAUUUGCCCUAGACCAUA